UAGAUCUGAUCUUGGCACAGACUUUCGUCCUGCUGCUAUAUCAACCCACCCAAUCUCGGAACGGAACUUCCCCUGCUACUAGAUCACGUGGAUCACAUGACCGUCCACCGGCCUGCGUUCCUCCGCUCCGACAAAACUUCUCCUGAGUAUAAGAAAACCGGUUCCGACGGGCCUGAACUUCUUUCUUCAGAGGUUGGGGGAGAAGGGGACAUCAAAUACGUUGUACCAAGAACCAAUGGUGUUUCGGGACUCCGUGGGGUGUGCAAAAUCCGCGGCUGUAAUCGCAAAUGGGUGGCUUUGCUCGGCAAAUUGCAGCCUGUAACAUCCACAUGUGGUAGAGGAGGUGUUCGGAGUCUGCGAUGGGUGGGCUCCGUGGCACUGGAAGGGGUGAUGGUGGUGAGGAGUAUCAUGCUUGGUGAGGGAGUGGGGGAGUUUGAAGGGAUGAUGAGAGGAAGGAUUUCGACGUCGAGGAGUGGAGUAAUAGACGGGGGGAGGUGGUGCUCAGUAUCAUUGUGGGAUGGGGAAGGGGUGCCGGGCCCCUGCCGACACUCCUCCAGCCAUUUGAAAUAUUGAUCUAGGUUUUGACCCAGUCUUCUACUUUUCCCCGUGAAGGACAAUCCCUCUUUCGUCCUCACUUUGAGUGAUGCACCGCUUUCCAUUUUACUCAACGUCUUUGAAUGCUGUUAAAACUCCCCCUAAACC